AUGAUGGUGCUAUGGAUUACUUUGCUCUUUCUUCAUCAAGGAUAUUCUCUGGUUCCAAUGAAAAUCGUUCAGCUUGGUGAACCAGCAACGUUAACAUGUGCUUUACCCAGCAAUAAAGACCUCAGCACUUUGGAAGUCCACUGGUACAAGCAGAGUAUCGGGGAUGAGCUUAAAUUGAUUUCAACACUGUAUGGAACUACACCACCUCAGUAUGGUCAAGAAAUAUUUAGAUCAAGAUAUAACGCUUGUAAUACAAAAACUUUUAGCAAUCUGACCAUUUGGAAGACAGUCCAAGAGGAUGAAGGAAUCUAUCACUGUGGAAUCAUUGAAUGGCUUGAUCCUGAAUGGAGUGGGACAUAUUUGUUAGUGAAAGGAAACACUCAGAGGGCAUCAAACUAUACUGUUGUUCAGUGGCCAGCUGUAUCAGAUCCAGUCAAUCCAGCAGACACAACAGCUCUCCAGUGUUCAGUAUUUGCUGACUCCGACAACAACACAUAUGCAGGGGAUCAUGAUGUGUUCUGGUUCAGAGCUGGUUCAGACAAAUAUCAUCCUAGCAUCAUCUACACUGGCAGAAAGAGAAGUAAUAAAUGUGAAAAACCAUCUGACCUUCAGAAUAGAUGUGUUUAUCGCUUCUCUAAGAACAUUAGCUCCUCUGAUGAAGGGACUUACUAUUGUGCUGUGGCCACAUGUGGGGAGAUAUUAUUUGGAAAUGGAACUGAUCUGAAACCUGUGUUCAUGAAAUGCUGGGUUUAUCCGUCUCCUGGAUCGGGCCUACGGAGGAGUGCUGAAGAUUUCCCUGUGAGGGAGCUGCUGGUGAAGAUCAUGAGUCCUGCUUGA